AUGGUCUGGACAGAACGUGCGUCAGAGGCAUGGAGGCGCACCCCCACGAAAUGGUAUCCCCUCCCUUGGUUCGUCGGUGCGAUGCUGCUCGUGCUAGUGCAGUGGAGGCGGACGGUAAGGAAGGAGGCGGAGGUGCAUGUUGAUGGGGAUGGACAUGAGGUCGUGAGAUUGAGGGGACCUUGGCAGGUCCACAUCCUCGGCGCGCUCCCCCUCCGCAACCUCUCCCGCGUCUGGGGCUACCUCAACUCCCUCGAACUCCCCCUCUGGUUCCGUCCGUACGGCUACAAAAUCUACGCCUCCCUCUUCGGCUGCGACCUCUCCGAGAUCGAGCCGUCCGACCUGCACGCCUACCCCUCCAUGGGCGCCUUCUUCUACCGCGCCCUCAAGCCCGGCGCACGCCCGAUCGACGCGUCCGCACCGCUCGUGAGCCCCGCGGACGGCACCGUGUUGCAUUUCGGAAAGGUCGAGGGGGCGAGGGUGGAGCAGGUGAAGGGAUUGACGUAUAGUCUUGAUGCGUUAUUGGGUUUGGAGGACCAGAGCGGGAAGAGGACUAGGGUGAGGAGGGCGGAGGCGGAUCUCGGGAAGAGGAAGGAGAUUGAGGUGGUGGAUGAUGAGGAGUUCGCGAACGUUAAUGGGAUUGAGUAUUCCCUUAACCAACUUAUUGGAGGAGCGGGGAGUACGCCUUCGACACCUGUUACGCCUUCUGCGCCAUCGCAUCCGACUACCCAACGUUCUUCUUCUGCGUCAACGUCAGCCACGGAGAGUACAGACGAAGAAUUCCCGACGGAUCCAAAAGCGUACAGCACCCCCUCCUCGCGCGACCGUCACCCCUCCCCUCAAAAACACGGCGAACGGAUCGACGCCUCCGUCGUCGAGCCCGACCGCUCCAUCCAAGAAACACUCUCGCACGACGUCUCGGUGGCGAAGGAGAUGGGAGUCUCGCCUACGCUGCAGAGGACGCGGAGCACGUACGGCGCGACGGUGAGGCCCGGGAACGCGUUGUAUUUUAUGGUGGUUUAUUUGGCGCCGGGGGAUUAUCAUAGGUUUCAUAGUCCGACGGCGUGGGUCGUGGAGAAGAGGAGGCAUUUCAUGGGCGAACUGUUCAGCGUGAGCCCCUACGUCGCCAAACGGCUCGAAAACCUGUUUGUGUUGAACGAACGCGUCGCCCUCCUCGGCCGCUGGCGCCACGGCUUCUUCUCCAUGAUCCCCGUCGGCGCCACCAACGUCGGCUCCAUAAAAAUCAACUUCGACCAGCAGCUCCGGACGAACCUCCGGCACCCCCGACGCUCGCGCCCGCCACCGGGGACGUACGAGGAGGCGACGUACUCCGCUGCGAGUCCGAUAUUGAAUGGGCAGCCGUUGAGUGCGGGGGAGGAGAUGGGGGGAUUUUGUUUGGGGAGUACGAUUGUGCUGGUUUGGGAGGCGCCGGAGGGAAGGGAGGGGUGGGAGUUUGGGGUGGGGGUGGGGGAGAAGGUGAAGGUUGGGCAGGGGUUGGGGAGGUUUGGGAGUGGGAGAGAGAAGGUUGAGUGAGGGGAAGGUUGUUGAUGCAUAUACAGCUGACGAGACUCAUCUCUACGUGCUUUACUUACCCAUUUGGAUUUCAACAUCCGGAACCAAAAUAAUUCACUGCUUGCUCUUCGAUGGGAGGGUCAGGGCUUUAGAUAAUUUAUCUGCAGUGGCCCGUGAUUUCUUGCAUACUAUCACGAUGUUGCUCGUCUCAACUCAGGUCUUUUCGAACGAAUAUGUACGG